CAGUAUUGAGUGCAUCAUUAUCGCAAUUUCCAUUGCCCCCGCUGCUGAUAAUCGUGUUACGCUCAGCAACUCCGAUUCGGUGGAUCGUGUCGCCCAGACAUUGUUGGCAUGAAUGUGGCUUCUCACGAAGGCCAGGACCGCUGGUGUUACGCCACACUGUCUUUUCCAAGACUGAAUGGGCUUCCGACAAGGUCCCUACGGCAGGAAGGAGGGAGAAGACACUGCGCUAUAUUCAUGAAAAAAGGGGAGGAAUAUGUGUCAAGAGCCUGGCAUUGGUCAAGGGGCGCUGCUAGUGAUCAGCUUGGUAUUAUGGACGGCAGCGCAGACAAGCCGACCAGAGGGAAGACAUCGUGGCCGGAUGGUGUCCCGUGUAACUCGCACCUUGACACUGGCUAAACGGCGGCCUCCUAUAGGCUUCACACAACACAUCAAGCCACCACGCGAGAUCGACCCUCUCCCUGAAGUGCCACGAGUACCUAUGCCUCAAAUCGAUCUCAGGGACCUGCGUAGGAUCGUGGACCUGGCCGCUGAAGCUAUCAAUGACCGGCUCGAUAAAAUUGAGCCAGCUAUUUACCAAACUGGUGCCGUUCAGAGGCCAGGUUCUCCAGCAUGGUUCAUUGCAGCAGGAGCGAGAACGAAGAUCUCUUCUAAGAAUCACUCCAGGAUAGCCCUGAUAGCCGAGGAGGCAACCCGUACUUUGGCAGCUAUGUAUAACUUAAGCAAAGACCAGAUCAGCUACAGCCUUCCCACAGUAGAUGUCCGCUCAACGAUUCUCUCUGGAGAAUGUCCUUUGGAAGUCGACUUCCCUUGUCAACCCCACAAGUACAGAGCAUUCAGUGGAUACUGCAACAAUGUUCAAAACCCAACAUGGGGCAACGCCAACAUGAGAUACUUCAGACUAAUACCACCGGACUAUUCAGAUGGAGUGGGGCUUCCCCGGCACGCGUUGGACAAGCUCCCACUGCCCAGUGCCCGUGACGUCAGCGUGGCCUUUCACCUCGAUGCUGAUGAACCUCACGCCCACCUGACCGUGCUCCUCGCUGUCUUCGGCGAAUUCAUCACACACGACCUCGCACACACCGCCCAGUCUGCAGGCUUCCAAGGACAUCGCUUGAAAUGCUGCGGAGUGGAUUUGAAACACUUCCACCCCGAGUGCUUCCCUAUCCGGGUAUCCCAGUCGGAUCCCAGCUUUAGCUCCCGCGCUCAAACGUGCCUGGAAUACGCGCGGUCCUGUCCCGCGCUUCGCACGGGAUGCACUUUAGGACCUCGAGAGCAAGUCAACCAAGUGACUUCCUUUCUCGACGGGUCCGUCAUCUAUGGCUCGUCCGAGCAAGAAGCGAACCGGCUACGUACGUUCCACAACGGUGAACUCAAAGUACAAAAGACACGUAGUGGUCGAGACCUUCUGCCGCCUGAUGAUGACGGAAGGGAUUGUAAAAGUUCAGAGGAAUCCAGGUGCUUCAUGUCUGGAGAUAUUAGGGCAAAUGAAAACGUAGGACUCAUGAUUAUGCACAUCAUUUGGGCAAGAGAACACAACCGGAUCGCAAGAACGCUGGCGACCAUUAACCCGCACUGGGAUGAUCACACUCUCUUUGAGGAGACCAGAAGGAUUAUUGGAGCAGAGCUUCAACACAUCACGUACACGGAAUUGCUUCCUGCUGUUCUGGGUCAGGGGACGAUCGACGCGUUUGACUUGAGACCCCAAUCAAGUGGAUAUUACAGUGGUUACGACAUCAAUAUUGAUGCUGGCGUAUCAAAUGCUGUGGCAACAUCAGUAUUCGGUUUCCUCUUCUCCAUGAUGCCCGGUCACUUUGACUUGUACACGCAGGAGUUUAAGAAGGUGGGAGAAAUGCCGAUGAGCAAAACUUUCUUUCAUCCGGAAGAUAUCUACGCAAAUAGGAUGAAUGACUUCCUCAUGGGGAUGUUGUCUCAGCGGGCCCAGAAGAAGGAUCAGUACAUCACACGCGAAAUGACUAACAGCCUUUUCUACGACCAAAACACUGGUGAAAGCUCUGACUUGGCUGCAAUGAUAAUCCAACAGGGACGAGAUCAUGGCAUAGCAGGCUAUGUUCAAUGGCGGAAAUUUUGUCGUCUUAAUCCCGUCAUCAACAGUUUCCAGGACUUGCAUAAGAUCAUGUCACGUGCGGCCGCGGAGAAGCUGGCAAAAAUUUAUAGAAACGUGGAAGACAUUGACUUAUUCACAGGAGGCCUUGCUGAAACUGCAAAGGGUGGGGUGGUAGUCGGUCCCACGUUUGCUUGCCUUUUGGGAAGACAGUUUCACUACUUGCGACGGGGCGAUCGCUUCUGGUACGAGAACGACAUCCCCCCAUCGGCAUUUACCAGAGAACAGUUGACGGAAAUCCGGAAGACAUCUCUUGCACGAGUCAUCUGUGAUAAUGCUGACGCUGCCCUUUACCUUCAACCCAAGACGAUGUUGAUGGCAGAUCCUUUCCUCAAUGCUUACCAAAGUUGCGAAACGGCGAACAUUCCGAGCGCAGAUCUUCGAAAAUGGAAAGCCGCUAAUCCUCGUAUUGCCAUACCACAGUCGGUGAUAUCGGAAUCCUUGGAUCGUGCAAAGAAAGAAGCUGACAUAUUGAAGGAUUCCGAACGAAACGUUUUUGUCAAACACAUCGGAGUAGCGUCCGAUGACAGUCCAAUGGCUGCACAUCUUGGCCUCUUGAGACCUAAGCGGCAGGCUCGUCUGAUUUCCAACCACUCUCGCAUCCUGGAGUUGGCAUCGCAAGGGUUUGCUAAUGGCUUCUUAGCAAGCACCCAGCGGGACUUCGAACGGGAAAAUUCAACAUUGAGAGAAAUAAUGUCUGCACUGCCAAGUGUAGACGUUUCGGAGCUUCUCGACAUUCCUCGGGUGUUUGCCUGCGACGACCAAACUUUGCCCUGCGACCACACCACGAAGUUUCGAACUAUCACAGGAUGGUGCAAUAAUCUGAGGCAGCCGGAACUUGGCAAAAGCAUGCGGGCAUUUGCUAGGAUGCUACCAUCUGCAUACAACGACGACAUGAGCCAGGCACGAAGCACAAGCCUCACAGGGGAAGCGCUUCCGUCAGCCCGACUUGUUUCGUCCACUAUGCACUACGAUACAGACGUGGCACAUCGCCGAUACUCACUCAUGGUGAUGCAGUGGGGCCAGUUUACAGAUCAUGACCUUACGCUCACCCCUAUGACUGAAGGAUUCGGAGGAACGCCCUUGGAUUGCAAAGCCUGCGACUCACCUGUUGCGGUUAACCCAGAAUGCAUGCCCAUUAGGGUACCCAAGAACGAUCCUUUUUAUCCUGAGAGAGAUGGGGACAAGCCAAACUGCAUUCAUUUCGUACGAUCUUUGCCUGGUCAACUCACACUGGGUCGGCGAGAACAGUUAAAUCAGGUGACUGCCUUUCUGGAUGCUUCAAACAUAUACGGAUCUGAUAACUGUGACUCCAAAAUGCUCCGGGCGUUUCUUGGUGGGCGGCUCAACUCCACACGAAACCCUAUUACUGGGAAGGAUCUGCUCCCUCAAACUGCAACACAUCCAGAGUGUCGGGCACCUUCCAGACUUUGCUUUGAAGCUGGAGACAACCGGGCAAGUGAGCAGCCUGCUCUUGCCGCAAUGCAUACGAUAUUUAUGAGAGAGCACAAUCGUAUUGUGAAGGAACUGCAAUCAAUUAACACCCACUGGGGGGAUGAAUUGCUUUACCAGAAUGGUCGUCGAAUCAUGUCCGCUGUUUUGCAGCACAUAACGUACAAUGAAUUCCUGCCCCGCAUUCUUGGAAGACAAGCAGUGGCUAACCUGCAACUCGCACUGAAGACUGAGGGUUACUCGGAUGACUAUGACGAAAGCUGUGAUCCCACUGUCUUUAAUGAAUUUGGCGCAGCUGCGUUCCGCUUUGGACACAGCCUCAUCAGUCCAUUCUUCCAAAGACUAGAGAGGGGGUACCGUCACUCUGAAGAACCUCUCCAGUUGAGAAGAGGGUUUUUCAAUUCGGACAUGUUGUAUUCUGCGAACGCAGUAGACAAGAUCAUGCGUGGGCUGUUGACAAGCAGCAUGGAAAACAUUGACAACUCAAUCACGGAGGAGGUAACAAAUCACCUCUUUGAAGAUGUUCACAAGCCAUUUUCCGGCAUGGAUCUGGUAGCCUUGAACAUUCAGCGCGCGAGGGACCACGGAAUUCCUGGCUAUAAUCAGUACAGGGUGCUGUGUAAUUUAACGAGAGCCGAUAAUUUUUCGGACCUCUCAAAGGAAGUGCCACAACAUUUAAUCCAAAGGCUCGCGUCCAUUUACAGGAACGUUGAUGACAUCGACCUCUUCACGGGUGGUUUGAUAGAGACGUCGCUUCACGGCGGAGUUGUAGGACCUACAUUUGGAUGCAUUAUUGGAUUACAGUUUCAAAGACUUAAAAAAUGCGACAGGUUUUGGUACGAAACAAAUAACCCUCUUAUCAGGUUUACGGAAGUGCAACUAUCAGAAAUUAGGAAAGUCACCCUGUCGAAGAUAGUUUGCGACAACUCCGACAACAUCGAUGCCAUCCAACGUUCAGCGUUUGAUCAACCCGACGAAUUUCUCAAUCCACGAACUGCAUGCCUUAGCUUGCCAAAGCUAGACUUGGAAGAGUGGAAGGAACGCUUUUCUUGUACAGUAGGAAAAAUCACCAUUGACGUAGGAGCUGCUGAACGGAUUUCUCCCUGUGUUAUGUGCACAUGCACCAAAGAAGGGCCACUCUGCCAAUCACUGAGGAUAAACAACUGCUUCCUUCUUGCGAAGUCCUUCUCGAAGAACUACAUUCUCGCAGACCAUGUCUGCAAGGUGCAGUGUGCCUUUGCCUUCAGAGCUUUACCUCAAGUGGAAACCCACAGGAACAAUGUCUUAGGUUUCAGUACAUAACAAAUUCACAUGGUAUCAGUUCAUCAGAUUCAUCAUAUUUUUAUUCCCUCAAAUGUGUUGAUAAUGAACUUCUGAAAUUUUUACCACUUUAUGUAGAGCAAUACAAAGUCAGCAUGAUUAUUUUCUCAGUAUCGUCAGUAUUUGUGAUAUAGAAAUUCAAUCAGUAUGUUACUAAAUCAGGUAGAAAAGAAGUGUAGCAGGUGAGAUUUUUAUAUCAUGCUGCUCCUUACGAAUUUGAAACAGAGGAACAGAGGAAAGGAAGAGGUAGUUUUGUGUGUCAAUUUUUUAAACAAAAAUUACCUUUAUGAUGUGCAGGGUAUCUACCCCCCUUGCACACAGCGAAAACAGAAGUUAACAUGUUAAAAAAUAGAAAGAGCUAGUGCUACGUCUGUUUGCUCAAUUAAAAAUCGAUUAACAGCAAGACGCGGCAACACCUCGAGGAGAGGAUGAACCAUGUGCCAAACACAUGGUCAUACUGCUGAUAUUGUUAGGCAUAAGGCUUACAUUUCAGGACUACAGCACUGCUUUUUCUUGAAAUGUGGUGUACCCAACUGUAAAUCGCAUUAAAUUUGGAACGUCAGCAACGCCCCUUGAAUGUGCCCAAUUGGCACCUGGACAGUCGAGGGGGCAAACAAUUGCUUUCAGUUUGACAUCAUUUGACAACCAAGUGGAAAUGAAAACACUAAUGCUGUCCACAUGCCUUAUUUCAUUGCCAGUUAUCAGAAGCAAAGCAAUAUGACCAUGUGAUGUUCACAUAUUUCCACUCCUCACAAGGAUUCAGCUUUCAGUGACAUUAUCUCAGUGACACUAGGGUUAGAGCCACUCUGCUAUCUCAUUGUAAUUAGGGCAAAUUGCAAUCUUUAUAUUUCAAGGUUUUAAUAGUAUCAGCAAGCUUUUCAUCAUAAUUUGAUGGUUGCUUAUGCUUCUAACUCUGUGGUCUGAUUUUUGUGGGGUGCCCUGUAUACAGAACCAAUCAGACACAUGUUUAUAGAGAAAACUUGGAUUUUCAAACUUGCAUCAAUCAUCAGCUUGUACAUAAUGCUCAUUCUGAAACCAUAACACAGGGUAUCACACUCAAUAUACAAUUGCUUGAGGGAAAAUGAAAUGUACAGCUCAUCUUCCAUAGUAGUUCAUAAAAAAAUGAUGAAGUAUAUUUACAAUAAAUUAUUUUAUUCUGA